AUGGCGAGAUCGGCAUCAUCGAUGACUUGCUCCGGAAAGGCCCCGAUUGGAGCUCGAAGCUCAUGGCGAUUGAACUUUCACGUCUGCUACGGCGGCCCCAACGAGACCACCGUCACUGUCGUCAGCACCCCCGGCAACGGUACCUUUGGGAGCAUCUGGGUGGGCAACAACAUCCUGAAGGAAGGGCCCGAGUCGAGCUCGAUGCUCAUCGGGAGGACGUACGAUCUCACGGUGCAGGCGUCCAUAGAAAGCCCAUCCGCGUACCUCUAUAUGUUAAACUUUGUGUUCACCACCGGCAAGUACGACGGGAGCAGCAUCUCCAUCGUCGGCAACGAGGUGGUCGGCGAGACGAUGGAGCGAGCCAUCGUCGGAGGGACCGGCAAGUUUCGGAUGGCAUGGGGCUACACUAUCAGCAGGCUUAUCAGCUCAACCGGAACUACCGAAUUGUUACUUGUACACGAACACGAUGCUUAUAUCUAUCACUACUGA